AGACAAACAUUCUGAAUUUGGUGUUACUGGGAAAAAUAGGAGCUGGGAAAAGUGCAUCAGGAAACACGAUUCUGGGACGACAAGCUUUUGAAUCAAAAGAAAGUUUCACUUCUGUCACACAAGACAUAGUUGUUCAAUCUGGGACUGUCUGUGGACAACUGGUCACUGUUUAUGACACACCAGGAUUAUUUAACACAACUUUGAGUGAAGAAGAAAUUCAACAAAUACAUGCAAAUGUUCUGCGGAAAUGUGAAUCAGGUCCCUGUGUGUUUCUGCUGGUCAUCAAAGUUGGCAGAUUCACUAAAAAAGAGAGAAAAACUGUGGAGAAGAUUGAAAAACUGCUGGGCGAAAAACACUUGAAGAAAACCUGGAUUCUCUUCACUGGAAUAGACAAACUGGAGGAAGGAAAAGGGACAAUAGAAAAAUUCAUCAAUGAAACUGAAGCACUGAAGAAACUCGUACAGAAAUAUGAUCAGAGAUACCAUGUGUUCAACAACAAGAAAACAGGAGAUACUCCACAAGUUCAAGAGCUGCUUACAAAAAUAUAUAGGCCGACAACAUACCCUGACACAAUAGAUGAUCAACCCACAAGAAAAGGGUGCAGCACAAGACUAGAGACUGGAGAACAACACGUGGGCAAAAUCAAGGACUUCAGAACAGGACUCAGAUCAGAUCAAUACCCACAACAAGAGACUAAACAAGAGGAUCUAUUUCACAGACUUCAUCUUGAAGACAGGCACCACAAUAAACUGAGAACUGCAGAUGUUCUUCAGAUAACUGAGCAUUCAUUACAGUCUUGUGAGUCUUGUGCUGAAGAUGAGCUGAUUCAGACUUUCAUACAAAAACUACUGAUGAUGAACUACAGAGCAAGAUACAUUAAACAGACCGAUAAGUAUGAUUACACAUAUCAAAGACACAGUGACUUAUCUGAAGAUGAGAGUGAUAUUUUUGAUGUUUUUGAGGUAUCUUUAUCAAAAACAAGUAAAUCUGACCUCAUUCACCCGAUGGAUGUUCAGAUGGCCGUGUUUCAUUGUGCUGAUGGUUUCCUGAAGCAGCUGAUGGUCACUAAACUGUCUCAGUGUCAGUACGCUCUGCCUCUGCUUGUUCCUGAUCCAGACACACAACAGAUUGAGUUUCCUCUCUGGACAUUCAGACAAAUCAGCAAGAGCUGGAAGAUGAGAAACACCAACAAUGAAGCCAUCAGUCAAACCCAGCCGAUCUACAGAGCACAAACUCCAAUGGUGUUUUUCUUCAGGUUUGGCUCCGUGUCUUCAUCCAAGUCUCAGCUGAUGAACAGUCUGAUCAAUGAGAAACACAACACGUUCUUCCACAGGAACUGCCCAGGCAGCAGCAGAACCAGAGAACUGAUGGAUGGAGUGGUGGAGAUCGCCUGGUUCUGCUCCUCUGGAUCAUAUGAUGAUAAAUUCAGUGAGUGUGUUGCGUUCUGUAAUCUACACGGUGAUGCAGGAGACCACGAGAAACAGCUGCAGAUCCUCACUGAAAUGAGCUCAGUCAAUGUUGUUCUUCUGCCACGACUGGACAGGAAUGACAAACAUGCAGCAAAGAUCCAAAACCUGUAUAGGAACAGAAAGCCACUCAUGUGUCUCUUUACUGAGGAUGAAUCUGCUGUAACUGAGCCGAAGAAAGGGAAAUUCAAGAUUGGUCUGAAAGACAGAAAUCAGUCAGAAGUGUCUGAAGAAAUCAGAAGAGCUAUAAAUGAUUGUCUCUCAGAAUCAUCUCACACUUUCAGACUAGAAGAUGUGUCCAAACUCCCAGACAUCAGAGUAGAUGAGGAAGAUGACGAUGACUGCAGGAGAGGAAGAGAAGCAGCACAGCAUAUGGUGAGUUUACUGGAGAAGAAAGAUCUGACAGAAAUCAAAGAAUCAUUUCUGCCUCAUCAGGGGAAACUGUGGCAUCAGUGGAGUCAGAAGAACAAAGAACUACAUCAACCUCGAGGAGAUGAGACCGAAAUGGAAAUAAGUAAAAAACACACAGAAAUGAAUACAAUCCGUAAACAGCAGCAUGGAACUAAAAUAAGUCAAUUUAUGAAGCUCUUUAUUAAAGAAAUGAUCUCAAAUGCUGAAUGUGAAAAGUUGUUUUUCCUUAAAUGGCUCAGAAUCCUCCUGGAUGAACACACAUCAGCUGAUCUUUCUGCUUUACAUCACAAGUAUGAUAACACGUGGUCUACAGUCUUAAAACUGAAAGAGAACAAUGAUAAAUCUGAACAAAUCAAGCCUCAAAAACUCAAAGCAGAACAAACUGAACUUGAAAGAAUAUCUGAGGAUCUUCAAGCCGCAGCCUUUGGUUUGGAGCACAUCAUGAGGGAGAUCGGUCAGAUCUAUGAAUCAUGUUCAUCUGUUAAUGAGAACAAGGAAGACCUGCACUUCUCUUCUCUCCCAAGUUUUGCAGCACAGAUGAUGAUCUCUGGAUCUCCACUGGAGCUGAUGGAUGGAGAUGCUUCUCAUGUUCCUGUGAUCUGGAUCUCUGCUGUUCUAGAUGAACUCGUCCAGAUACUGGGAGACCAGAGGGUAUUUGUGCUGUCAGUUUUAGGGAUCCAGAGCUCUGGGAAAUCCACCAUGCUGAACGCCAUGUUUGGACUGCAGUUUGCCGUCAGUGCUGGCAGGUGCACCAGAGGAGCUUUCAUGCAGCUGGUCAAGGUGUCAGAUGAGAUGAAAACACAGAUGAAAAGUGGGUCAGGCGAAAUGAAAACACAGAUGAACUUUGACUAUAUUCUGGUUGUUGACACUGAAGGUCUCCGAGCUCUAGAACUGUCUGGAAGAUCAACAAGACAGCAUGACAAUGAAUGAUGAUUGAUAAACAUCUUUUGAGAAAACCCAUCAGACAUACAGGAGAUUCUUCAGAUUGUUGUUCAGGCCUUCAUGAGGAUGAAGAAGGUAAAUCUGUCUCCCAGCUGUGUGUUUGUGCAUCAGAACGUUUCAGACAUCACAGCUGGAGAGAAAAACAUGGAGGGAAGGAGACGACUGCAGGAGAAACUGGAUGAGAUGACAAAACUCGCUGCUAAAGAGGAAGUCUGUGAUGCAGAACGUUUCAGUGAUAUCAUUAGAUUUGAUGUUCAGAAAGAUGUGAAGUAUUUCGCUCAGCUCUGGGAGGGAAACCCACCGAUGGCACCACCAAACCAAAAGUACUGUGAGAAUAUUCAAGAACUGAAGGAAACUAUCAUGUCUCAUGCCUCAAAAUCACACAGAACGAUGCUGACAAAUCUAAAAGAUCGUAUUAAAGAUCUCUGGGAGGCUUUACUGAAUGAACGAUUCGUCUUCAGCUUCAGAAAUUCUCUGGAGAUCUCAGCUUACAGGAAACUAGAGACUGAAUACAGCAAGUGGACCUGGAGUCUUCGCAGAGCUAUGAUGGAGACUGAGAACAAACUAUACAACAAAAUAGAAAAUGAAGCGAUUAAUGAGAUUGAUGAAACUGACCUUCAAAGAGAACUGAAGAAGACAAGUGAAGAAGUGAAAAAAUCAAUAUCUGAAUUCUUUGAGAAAGACAAAGAUAAAGAUAUACUGAUUCAGUGGAAAACAUCAUUUGAAAUCAAAAUCAAAGAGCUUCAGGAAAACAUUGUGAGAGAAACAAAGAGAAAAUUAAAUGAGGUUCUUCAGCAGCGAGACCUGAGGAAAAAGAUUGAUGCUCAGAGGACAAACCAUGAAAACACUCUCUUGGAAAAGAGCAAAGAACUUGCCUUGAAACUCAAAGACAAAACAAAAGAUGAAGAAACACUGAAGAAAGAGUUUGAUUUGUUUUGGGAACAGAGUGUGAAGAAGAUCAUCAGAGACACUCCUCCAAUCAAAGAGAUUGACAUAAUGAGAGACGUGAGAGAAAUCCUCAGUGACGUCUAUAGAAGUGUUCCUGCUGAUCACUGGAGGGAGAGCAGGGGUAUUUUCACUGUGUCAAAUUAUUCAGAUUAUAUACAGUUAAAGAAAUCCAGUGGAUAUACAAAAGCUUUAAGAAAUGUUUACAGAUCAGCUAAAGAGAAGUUGGGUUAUAUUCUGUCUCCAGAGGAUGAAGCCCAAAUAAGAUCAUUUGUCACAGAUGUUGUUCUGGGGACAGACAAAAUGAUUCAGUCAUUUAACAUCUCGAAAAUGGGCUACAACACCAGCUGCAUUCAACAACUCACAGAUUACAUCAAGGCAAGAAUAACACAACAUGAGGAAGGACCAGUGAAAUAUGUGUUCAAGAAUGAAUUCUUCAUGGAUUUGGUUCUUUCCAUCUGUAAGAAAGAAAACAAGACGAUCACUGACCAACACAGACUGUUCAGGGAAGCCAAUGAUCCUGACAUAUAUGUUGAGAAGAAGAGAGAAGGGUACUAUAGUAUUUUCCAGAAAUACUGUCGUGGAGCCGCAUCAGCUGUUAUUUUUGGUGAGAUCAUCUGUCAGAAACUGAAAGAGCCCGUUGAGCAGAGCAUCUACAAGAAGACUGCCAGAGAUCUGACAGAUGAAAUGAAAUCAAACUGUCCAUCACUGAAUGGAAACAGAUCCAAUCUGGAGAAACACAUCCUGAAGGCACUGGCAGAAGAGGAGGAUUUUAACAAGUACACGAACUACAUUAAAACUCCCAGAGAUCACUUCAGUGGUUUCAUCAGAGAUGAAGUUAGUUGGUACAUCAACGAUAAGUUCAGUGUCAGUGUUUUACCCAAGAUGAAGAAGAACAUUAAACUCCUGCAGCAGAAGAUCAUGGAAGCAGCACAUGAAUCCACUGAACAUGUUCAUAAGAACAGAGGAGAUGCUGGUUUGUGGUUGAAGAGUUUCACACAGCAGCUCUCAGAUGAGCUGAUCUUCUCUGAAAAAGACCUCAGUGGAGUCAAACAUGAUGAUGUGGAUGAUUUCAACCUCCUGGAAAAAGUGAUAAGAGAUCAACUUCCUAAAAUAAUGUCUGACAUCAGCAGGAGAUUCAACAGAGAGUCAUUUUCAGUAAAUCUGGACCUCACAUUUAGACCAGAAGAGCUUCUGAUUGAUCACUUCUGUCGGUGCUGUUGGGUUCAGUGUCCAUUCUGUGGAGUCACCUGCACAAACACUAUUGAAAACCAUGAUGAAGAGCACAAUGCUACUUCCCAUCGUAAUAUUGGAAUGAAUGGGUGGUUUUACAGAGGAACAACAAACUUGUCUAUUAGCAUCUGCACAUCAGCAGUAGCAAGUGAUGGGGGUUUUUAUCCUAAAGACUCAGAUAAGUCAGUCCGCUGGAGAGAAUACAGAAGCGCAGGUGGAGUUUAUGCAGACUGGUGUAUCAUGCCUGAUCUCUCUAAAGUGUCCUACUGGAAGUGGUUUGUGGGCAGAUUCCAGAAAGAGCUGGAAAAGCAUUAUAAAAAAACAUUCCAGGGUCGUGGCGAGAUUCCAGCUCCAUGGAGAGAUUACACAAAACAAGAUGCAGUUCUGAGUUUGGGUUAGUGCUUUAUUAAUAAUAUAAACUAAUGGAAUAGAUAAGGCAUAACCCCCCUUUUAGACUACUUAUUCACAGAACAAUCUAAAAUAAAAGCAUGCCGUUUCCUUCUACAGUACAUUAUAAAAAAAGACUCUAAAGCUGCAUCUGAAAUCGGUCACUUGAUCACACAUUCACUAUUUUCAAUAUGAUGAAUGGAACAUAGUGCACUAUAGAAAGGAUUCAGACAGUGCAAAUAUGCUUUCCAUGUGGGGCAAACUGAAAGAUCUGAGGAUUCGUAAUAGCAACCCGUGUGUGUUGCAGCUUCAAGAGAGCAACCCUGAAUUUGUUUUAGUUUCCUAAUUGUUUUAUUUAAAUUUUUCCUAA